UCGCCACGUCUGCGCGCAUGCGUAGUGCCCUCACAUUUGUGUUCCGGGGUCGAUUAGUCAGUGUAUACAAUCAUCAUUGUGGACCUUUUUUUGUUUUCUAUUCACAUAGUUGUUCACGGAUCACUGAGGGGGAAGUGUGAGGUUUUUUUUUUUAGAAGGAGAGACGCUUUGAAUACGGCACCGAGAGGACGUUUAUAAAGAUGAACUUCUUAAGAGGAGUGAUGGGUGGGCAGGCAGCCGGGCCGCAGCCGUCCGGAGCGGAGACGAUCCAGAAGUUAUGUGACCGAGUAGCCUCCUCGACGCUCCUAGAAGACCGUAGAGAUGCUGUCCGGGCUCUUAAGUCCCUCUCUAAGAAAUAUCGCAUGGAAGUUGGCACACAGGCGAUGGAUCACUUGAUUAACAUACUGCAAACUGACAGGUCUGACUCUGAAAUCCUUGGCUAUGCUUUGGACACACUGUACAACAUCAUCUGCAAUGAUGAGGAGGAAGAGCAAGAUGAAUCAGAAGACGCAGUAACCCCUAUCCCUGCCUCAGGGAAGAAUAAGAAUGUUUCCAUGCCUGAUGAGGCUGCCCAGAAGCAGGCAGAUGACCUGGGUGCCCAGUUUACAGAACAGUUUGUUCAGGACCCUGAGCAUGUGACUCUGCUUCUCGCUCUGUUGGAGGAGUUUGACUUCCAUGUACGUUGGCCCGGGGUAAAGCUGCUGACUGCUCUCCUGAAGAACCAGUGUGUCCAGGUUCAGGGUAUCAUUCUGGUCAGCCCCAUGGGUGUUUCCAGAUUGAUGGACUUAUUGGCAGACUCUAGAGAAGUAAUCCGCAACGACGGCUUGUUGUUGCUUCAGCAGCUGACCAAAAGCAAUGCUGCCAUUCAGAAAAUUGUGGCAUUUGAAAACGCAUUUGAGCGUCUUCUAGAUAUCAUCACAGAAGAGGGCAGCAGCGAUGGAGGUAUUGUGGUCGAGGACUGUUUGCUGCUUCUGGUAAACCUGCUAAAGAACAACAGCUCCAAUCAGAAUUUCUUUAAGGAGGGCUCCUACAUUCAGAGAAUGAAGCCCUGGUUUGAGGUCGGUGACGAUAACUCUGGCUGGUCUGCACAGAAGGUCACCAACCUCCACCUCAUGCUGCAGUUGGUGCGAGUCAUGGUGUCUCCAGUGAACUCUCCUGGAGCUACAGCUAGCUGUCAGAAGUCCAUGUACCAGUGUGGUCUGCUGCAGCAGCUGUGCACCAUCCUCAUGGCCACCGGUGUGCCUGCUGACAUCCUCACUGAGACCAUCAACACUGUAUCAGAGGUCAUCAGGGGCUCACAGGUAAACCAAGACUACUUUGCAUCUGUCAACGCUCCUUCAAACCCACCAAGACCGGCCAUCGUGGUGCUGCUCAUGUCCAUGGUGAAUGAGAGGCAACCGUUUGUCCUUCGCUGUGCAGUCCUCUACUGUUUCCAGUGUUUCCUGUACAAAAACCAGAAAGGACAGGGGGAGAUUGUGGCUACGCUGCUGCCCUCCACCAUUGAUGCCAAUUCCAUCUCAGCGGGCCAGCUGCUGUGUGGAGGUCUGUUCUCAGUAGACUCUCUGUCCAACUGGUGUGCUGCUGUGGCCUUGGCUCACGCCCUCCAGGAUAACCUCACCCAGAAGGAGCAGCUGCUGAGGGUCCAACUGGCCACCAGCCUGGGAAAGCCCCCCGUCUCCCUGCUGCAACAGUGCACCAACAUCCUCUCCCAGGGAGAUAAGAUCGUCCGGCGGGGCAGUAAAGUGCAGACCAGGGUGGGCCUCCUCAUGCUGCUGUGUACAUGGAUCAACAACUGUCCGAUCGCUGUCACUCACUUCCUACACAAUCAGGAAAACGUUCCCUUUCUGACAGCACAGAUCUCCGAGAACUUGGGAGAGGAUGAAAGGCUGGUGCAGGGCCUGUGUGCGCUGCUUCUCGGCAUCUGCAUCUAUUACAACGACAACUCGCUGGAAAACUACACCAAAGAAAAGCUAAAGCAGCUCAUCGAGAAGCGGAUUGGAAAGGAAAACUUUGUAGAGAAACUGGGCUUCAUCACCAAACAUGAGCUGUACUCGCGGGCGGCUCAGAAGCCUCAGCCAGUCUUUCCGUCUCCGGAGCAGAUGCUGUUCGACCACGAGUUCACCAAGCUGGUCAAAGAACUGGAGGGCGUGAUCACCAAGGCAGUUCACAAAUCCAGUGAGGAUGAGAAGAAGGAAGAGGAGGUGAAGAAGACAUUAGAACAACAUGACAACAUUGUAACCCAGUAUAAAGAGCUGAUCAGAGAACAGGAUGCUCAGAUCCAGGAGCUGAAGGAGCAGGUAGCGUCCAUGUCGUCUCAGAACGAACAGAUGCAGACUACAGUCACCCAGCAGCUGGCCCAGAUCCAGCAGCACAAGGAUCAGUACAACAUCCUCAAGCUCAAAUUAGGUAAGGAGAACCAGAAUCAAUCUAACAGCCAGGGAGACAGCUCUCAGGUGAACGGGCUGCAGACGGAGGAGCUCACACAGCUCAGAGAGGAGGUGGAGGAGCUGCGCAAGCAGCACACACUCCUUCAGACACAACUCCAUGACAAAGAUGCACUCAUCAACACCCUGAGGUCAGAGACAGCAGAAGGUUCAGCAGGAGGAUCAGACAACACAGAACUGCUCAAGGAGCUGGAGGCUCUGAGGAGUCAGGUCGAGUCCCAGUCGGCAGAAAUCAACCAGAUGAAGACGGAGAGACAAGAGCUGCUCAGAAGAGCUGAAGCUGGGUCCUCGGACGCAGUCUCCAGCAGUGACGGCUCAUUAGACGCUGCCAAGAUGGCAGAAGUGGAGAGCAGACUUGCAGCACAGACGACUGAGACCGAGAGACUCAAGGAGGAAGCAAAGAGCUUGUCAGAGAGCCGGGCGGAGCUGGAGCAGCAGCUGGCUUCAGCCACCAGCACGGUGGCCAUCCUGCAGACGGAGCAGGCCAAGCUACAAACGGAGGUGCAAGAGUCCAAGAAGGAGCAGGACGACCUGCUGAUGCUGCUGGCAGACCAGGACCAGAAGAUCCACAGCCUCAAGCAGAAACUCAAAGACCUGGGAGAGACGUUAGACUUUAGUGACACUUUCCUUUCAGGUGGACGAUGAAGACGACCUCGACGCCAGGGACCAGACAGAUGACGAUUUCGAGGAGGAUGAAGACGAGGACUAGAGGAAAAACACUGAAAGAAAAGAUAAGGAGAGAUGGGGAAUAUUUGUCUGCCCACAGGCAAGAAAAAAAACUUGACUGAGAAACUGAGGAAGAGGACUAAUCUAUUGAUGCAGUUUCUCUCUCCAGCUGCCAUGCUAUCUUCACGUUUCUUUACCUUCUUGUCACGUCACACGUACAUGUUAGUUAUUUUGUCAUUUUUCCAAGGAUUCAGUUUUUUAGCGGCAGCAAAAAAGAUUCAAACAUGUCAGUGCAUUCAUCUCUGCUACUUUUAACCAUCAGUUUGUGAUGGAUUUUACCAGUCUUGUGUUUAUUAUAAUGUAUUGUCAUAUAGUUUGUAAUCACAAGAAAAACACUAGGUUAAUAUUGACUCACAAGUCAUCUGGAAAAUUUAGAAAGGAAGAUUUGAAAUGUAGCAACAAUGCAACUGUAAACGGAUUUGAUAUUAUUCUCAUUUUAUCAUAAAGACAACGAACGAUGCACCUACAGCAUCAGCAUCCCCUGCAAUGUGUCACUGUGCUGCACCCUGAAUUCAUCUUCACACCCCAAUCAGUUCGAGUUCAAUGAUACAGUAUUUUAACACUCAAGUUGUUCCAUUUCACUUUGACGACACAACCUGACCGCUCUACAAUAUGCUGCAAAACACUGACAGAAAACAUGUAAAGACAAAAAAGAUAUUUUUGCAACUUUUUGUCCAGUACUGGCAUCCAGCUUCUGUAUGAUAUUGUGUAACUUAUCAGUUUAUGAGCCACAUUGAAAUGAAUAAAGAAUCUAUCAGUCUGUAUGCCUGAAUAGGGGGAUAAUUGUAGAUAAAUAAAUUUUACUAAAUCCACAA